AUGGGACAAAAUGGAAGUUCAACAGAAAGAGAUAGAGUCAACAAUGAUUCGAAAUCUGCUGCUAAAACUAAUGAAGACAACACUUUUAAUAUGUCGACAGAGUUUUAUGAGCAUAAAUUAUUAAAGCGAUGUGAACAUAUUCAUUUUGAUAUUGAAGCCUGGUAUAAGAUUUUGCAAGGUCAAACAUUUUAUACUGAAUUCAUUCCAAUUUCUCCAUCAAUUGCUCAAGCUUUUGUUAAUUAUUAUCAAACACGUUACAAUUCUAAAAGUUUAUUGAAUUCUAGCAAUAUACAAUUGAUUCAAUCUGUACAGCGUCAGUUAAAUCAACAAAUAUUCAAUUCAAAAUCUAAUCAAUUUCAAAUUAAUGGUACUUUUAUUCGUUUAAGUUCACGAAGUCCAAAAGAUGGAACUCCCUUAGAUUCACAAAAAUUAAUUCAAUUAUAUCAUCAAGAAUUACAGAUGCUACAAAAUAAAUAUCCAAAUGAAUAUCAUUCAAUUGAGAGUAAAGCAAAUAUGGAAUUGAUUGCUUACUCUUAUGCUGAAUUUCAUUGUUUAAAAGUAACGAAUGAAUUUGAAGCAUUGAAUAUAAUUCUAUCGAGUGAAAGAGUUUUCAUUGAUUUAUUAGAAGCACUCGAUUGUCAACAAGUGCAAGAUAAUAAGAUCGCUAAUAUUAAUAAUAUCAAACUUCAUGAUUGGAAUACAAACAUAAUAAUUCGUGAAUGGAAUUAUUUAUUAGAUCCAUCAAUGGAAUUUCGUUGUUUUGUUUAUCAAUCGAAUUUAACUGCUAUAUCACAAUAUAACCAUUAUUGUAAAUUUUAUCAACUUCAAAACAAUUUAACUGUUCAACAAAUAAAAAUUACAAUUAUUGAAUAUUGGCAACAAAAAAUAAAGCCACUUUUAUAUCCAUUUAAAGAGAAAUAUUUUAGUUACGUUAUUGAUAUAGGAUUAAUUGAAAACAAAUUAUCUAAUGAACUAGAAUGUGUCGUUAUUGAAUUAAAUCCAUUUGCAUCAAGUACUGGUGCAAGUUUAUUCGAUUGGAAAACAGAUAUUGAUCAACUAACAGGACAACAAAAUGAUAUCGAGUUACGCAUUCGAUCAGAUUAUUUGCCAAAUAUUAAUCAAUAUGUCGAAUUUAUUUUUCAAGAAAAUAAAUUAAAUACAGAAGAGAAUUUAUUAUCUACCGAUGACGAUCAUCAACCUUAUUUUAUAUUUCUAAAUAAAAUACAAACACAACUUUCUUCAUAA